AUGGCUACGAGCCCCAGAGAUCAGUAAGUGUCACCCUUCCUUCUCCCCUAUUCACCCCACUUUUCAGUCCUCUCAUCACCGACAAACUGGCGCUGUCGAAACUCCGUCGCUACAUCCGAAUCCUGAAGAGCGUGACGGACCCGAUCGACGGCGACGUCUACGAGGGAAUGACGGGCGAGAUUGUCGAGUUGGCGCUCGAGUCGUACACGAAAACCGUCGAAAAGAGGCGUGAAAUGCGUCGGAGACGAAAUGCGUCGGAAGUGAAAACGGAAGAGGAGGAGCCGGUGAAGAGAGAAGAGACGCCGCCAACGCCGCCGUCGGAGCUCACGAUUGGGAGUCUGCUGCGGAGACGGAUGAUCACGGCGCCCGUGCGGCAUAGAUUCACUUUCGUCGGAUUGGAGUUCGGAUUGGGAUGGAGAAGGGAUCGGCACACGGCCGCCGAGAUUCUCACCGAAAUAGGGUUCGUUACGGACAAGCCUUUAGGCUUCGGGCCCACGAUUAUCACGAUUAUAUGUCUUUGUUUGGAGUAUCUACCUUGAAAGUUUCAGACCGAGCGGAUGUGUGCUGAGGGGUCUGCAGAAUAAGUACUUAUUUUGCAGCCUUUUUUGCCUCAAAUCAGUCCGGUCUGAUCCGAUCAGUCUGCAACUUUCAAGAAUAUGAUAUUCGGCGACCUAGCUAGACUAAUAAGUGCAUUAAUUUGAAAUGCGAGAAUUUACAGAAUCAACACGAGCACAUUCGACGUGUGCAUUCCGUACGGAUGCAAUCCGACCUCGUAUUCGCAAAGCGAUUUCCUCGGACGUGCGACUUUCGAGGUGGACGACGAUAGAGCCGUCGCCCUACUUGAUCUGUUCGACGGAGAUGAGUGCGAUCUGAAGAAGCACUCGAACGCCGACGCGAACAUUAUUCGUCAGGUUUGCAAGAUUCACACGCGUUUUCACUAUUUUUCAUAUUCAGAAGACGACGCUGUCGAAGGAGCUGAGCGAGUGGGAGUUUCUGAAGUCGACGACGAUUCGUCUGGCGACCAAGUUCUUUCCGGAAAUGUCGUCGGCGUUCGGGCACACUUUCGAGUUCACCAAGGACUCGGUGACGUUCUGGAAGGCGGGCAAGCCGAUCGUGAUGCUCACGCUCGACGACCUGAUCCAGAAGCAUCCGCAAGUGUUCGAGAAGGCCGUUCAGUGUCUGACGGAGAUCGGAAAGACGGAAAUGCUCUCGUACGCGCACGAUUUGAGCGACGAGGAACCGGAAGAGGGCCUGCAUUUUAUUGACUGA